CCUCCGUCAGAGCGGGACUCGUUCAUUUCGACUUGAAAGCGAAAGGGCGAAGUAGCGCGAGCAAAGGUUGUCGAGUCAGUUCGCUCAGAAAAUCAGUCGGAAAAUUAGUCGGAAAAUCAGUCAGAAAACCCUUUCCAGAGACGCCAGCAAAGAGCCAGCAAAAUUACGAUGAGUGACCCUUUCGGAACCAAACCCAGCGACCAGCUCUCGGCCGAGAAGCCAGAGAGUCCCGAGAAGCCUGCGAGUGCGGAUGCGGAUGCUGUUGUCCAGAAGGUGAAGAAGCCGAAGCCGAACAACAAGAAGCUGCGCCAGGCGGCCGCCGAGGCCGAGGCGAAGGCCAACGAGGGGCGACAUGUCCUGGAGGCAGGACCUGCGACGGCGGCACUCGAUGGAGGCCUGAACUUCCGCGAAUCGCUGAUGCGCCAGCAGAAAUUGGUGGUCCCCAAGCGCAGUGUCUGGGAGCUGUUUAUCGAAGGUAAGGUGCCCCAGGGCGAGAUCCAGGAGUAUCCCAAGUCCCAGGAUGACACCACGGCCGUAGACAGGUUCACCUCGGAGGAGAAGCGUCUGCUCGACCGCCAGCACGAGGGCGUCUACACGCAACUCCGCCUGGCGGCGGAGGCUCAUCGUCAGACCCGCAAAUACAUGCAGGGCUAUAUCAAGCCGGGCAUGAGCAUGAUCCACAUCUGUGAGACCCUGGAGGAGACGGCCCGCCGCCUCAUCGGCGACAAAGGACUGACGGCGGGCCUGGCCUUCCCCACCGGCUGCUCCCUCAACAACUGUGCCGCCCACUACACUCCCAAUAGCGGCGACACCACCGUUCUGGGGGCCGACGAUGUCUGCAAAAUCGACUUCGGCACCCAUGUCCAGGGCAGGAUUAUUGAUUGCGCCUUCACGUUGACCUUCGACCCGAAGUACGAUCCCCUGGUGGAGGCGGUCCGGGCGGCCACCAACGCCGGCAUCAAGGCGGCCGGCAUCGAUGUCCGUCUAACCGAUAUCGGGGCGGCCGUCCAGGAGGUGAUGGAGUCGCACGAGAUCGAGCUAAAUGGCCAGGUCUAUCCCAUAAAGAGUAUUCGGAAUCUGAACGGGCAUUCGGUGAGCCAGUAUCGGAUCCAUGCCGGCAAGACCGUGCCCAUUGUGAGCAGCGGCAUUUCCGGCGACGGAAGUAACACCCUUCGCAUGGAGGAGGGCGAGUUCUAUGCCAUCGAGACAUUUGGAUCCACGGGACGUGGUAUGGUCCAGAAGAACGGGGAGUGCUCGCACUAUAUGCGCCUGUGGAGUCCGCCGCACACCCAGCUCCGGUUGCAGUCGUCGCGCCAGCUGCUGAACUGCAUAAACCGGAACUUUGGCACUCUGGCCUUCUGCCGGCGAUGGCUGGAACGUUAUGGUGCCUCCAAGUACCAAAUGGCCCUCAAGGACCUGUGCGAUAAGUCCGUGGUCAAGGCUUAUCCGCCGCUCUGCGACGUCAAAGGAUGUUACACGGCCCAGUUCGAGCACACGAUCCUGCUGCGCCCCACCUGCAAGGAGGUGGUGUCCCGCGGCGACGACUACUAGGCUUUUAAUUCUUUAAAUCUCAAAAUAGAAGGCACUCUUUCACAUAAAAA